AUGGAGGAUGGGCAGCCAAAGGGCUGGAGGCGGAUCUGCUCGUGCUUCCGGCGGGGCAAGCGGGGUGCGGCUCAAGAGGCGCGCGUUGUCAUGUUUCCCCAACACGCGCAAACGCUGCUGCACUCGCGCGUCGGGCAGCAGCGCUACCGCGGCAACAGCACGAGGACGACCAAGUACACGCUGCUGUCGUUCCUGCCCAAGUCGCUGUUUGAGCAGUACCG